CAAAUAUGGCGUCCUAAAAGUGAAAAGUGAAAUUCAAAUACACUGAGAAAACUAUGUAACUAUGAAAAAGAGUAAAUGUCUUUGCAGGUAGUCUCUUGCAACGAUGAGUGGUAGUCGCGGUACAACACGGGUUAGUUUUGUGUGUCAAAGAUGCUCUCAACCAUUACGUCUUGACCAAAGCUCAUUUAGUUCCAUCGACGAUGAAACGCUUUCGGAGCUAACACUCCCUUUGCCUAGUUUACCAGUUGUACCUACUGAUAAGUCAACUGGCAAGGAGACCGAUUCUAAAAAUGAGGUUCAUAUAUCUGAGGUGAAUGACAAUGUCGUUAGGAGGACAAUUACGUCUAAAAGGUCUAUUGAUGGUAAUGGUUUCACACUGAUUGAUGCUCAAAAUGUGCGAUCAGAUAACCUUAGCCAUCGACUUAAGGUGACAAGUCAACUAUUUGAUAUAAUGUCAGCACAAUCAAACAUCGAUCAUCCAUUGUGUGAGGAAUGUACGGACACUCUACUAGAUCUGUUAGACCAUCAACUAAAAGUCACUACAGAUGAACUCAAUGAUUAUAGCAAAGAAUUUUUGGAUAAAGUAGAUAGCAAUAAGGAAGAAGACACAGAGUCAUUGACGAAAGAUUUAGAGAAUUUGAAAUUGGAAGAAUCUCAACUGAUACAGGAAUUGGAAAAUAUUGAGAUUGAACGGUCGAAGGUGAAGCAGUCAAUUGCUAAACAAAAAGAAGAAGCAGAAAGAUUAGACAAGGAAGAAGAGAGAUAUUGGAUACAGUAUAACGAGCAUCACAAGCAACUCUUGGAUUUUCAGGAGGAACAACAAAGUGUUGAUAAUCAGCUUCAUAAUGCACAGAUGCAAUUAGAUAAACUCAAAAAAACGAAUGUCUUCAACAGUACCUUCAAUAUUUGGUACAAAGGACAUUUUGGCACGAUCAAUAAUUUCCGACUUGGGCGACUUCCUAGCGUACCAGUUGAAUGGACUGAAAUAAAUGCUGCUUGGGGACAGACUGUUCUUCUGCUGCAUGCAUUAGCAAGGAAAAUGAAUCUCAAGUUUAAAAAAUAUCGUCUGGUACCUUUUGGAAAUCAUUCAUACCUGGAAAGUCUUGAUGAUAAAUCUAAAGAAUUACCUUUAUAUGCAUCUGGUGGUUUCCGUUUCUUUUGGGAUACAAAGUUUGAUCAUGGCAUGGUGGCAUUUCUUGACUGUCUUCAGCAAUUCAAAGAGGAAGUUGAAAAAGUUGACAAACGUUUCUGUUUGCCAUACAGAAUGGAUGAUGGAAAAAUAUUUGACUCAAGUGGAACUGGUGGAUCAUACUCCAUUAAAAUCCAGUUCAACUCUGAAGAGCACUGGACUAAAGCUUUGAAAUUUAUGCUCACCAAUCUCAAAUGGGGCUUGGCCUGGUUGAACGCGCAAUUUUCCGAGAAAUAGUUCGGGUCGUUAUCACGAAUGCGUAUGGUUGAAUU